CACUACUAUAAACAUACCGACAGUCCCAGCGAGACACCACGUCCUUCUUACACAACUUUCUCCAACUUUUCUCUCUCAUUGUCAACAUUUUUUUGUGCUGCUUUUAAAAAGAAACACAACGAAGAAGAAAACUUUGCUUUGAAGCAGCUCCAGGACUUUGUCUUUGCUUUGGCUACUUUUUUCCCCCAUGUCGCUCUAAAGUUUGCUAUGAUAAGAGACCAUCGAGAUUUGUGUUUUAUUUUGUUUUUGAUUUUUUUGCUGCCCAACCGGGAUUGUAAAGUUGUUUGAAUGACUAAAAUGAGGAUUAUUCAUUCGCUGUGAGCUUCAUCGACGUCGAGCACAGAAAAAAAAGAGGAGUUUCUUCGGCUGGGAGCAGAAGUCGGCAUGUAGCGCAGGAUCAGGGCAGCCCUUCCUCCUCGUCGUCAUCCUCCUCCCCUUCCUCUCUGGACACCUUUGGGAAUGGGCCAGCGCCUUGCCAGGGUGCAUCUCUCCACCCGGCGGUGUGGCUGGCGUCGCGCGAGAGUGAGGAGGGCAGCAGCCAGGUCGUAGAGCCGGCCCACCCCACUGACUUCUGACCUUUUGACUCAGCCGUGACCCCGCCUUGACCCUCCCCUCCGGCCCGCCAUGCCCUUCCGGCUGAAGCUGAGGCGCACGCGGCGCUACAAUGUCCUGAGCAAGAACUACUUUGUGACGCGGAUCCGCCUGCUGGACAACAAUGCGAUCGAAUGCACCCUGUCGGUGGAGAGCACGGGGCAGGAGUGUCUGGAGGCGGUGGCCCAGAGGCUGGAGCUACGAGAGACCCACUACUUUGGGCUGUGGUUCCAGGGGAAGACCCAAGCUCCGGCCCAGCGCUGGGUGGAACUCGAGAAACCCCUCAAGAAGCAGCUGGACAAGUUUGGCAAUGAGCCGCUGCUCUUCUUUGGAGUCAUGUUCUACGUCCCCAGUGUUUCCCGGCUGGAGCAGGAAGCCACCAGGUACCAGUAUUACCUGCAGGUGAAGAAGGAGGUGUUGGAUGGACGUCUGCACUGCGCCGUGGAGCAGGGGAUCAGACUAGCUGGCCUAGCAGUACAAGCCGACUUUGGAGACUUCACUCAGUUCCGCUCUCAGGACUUCCUCAGGGAGUACGUUCUCUUCCCAGUGAACUGGCCUAAUGUAGACGAGGUGCUGGAAGAUUGGACCCAGAAGGUCGCUGAGGAGCACAAGAGUCACUGUCGAAUGCAGCCGGCUGAAGCAGAGCUGCUGUACAUCAAGGAGGUAGAAAAACUGGACGGCUUUGGCCAGGAGAGCUUUGCUGCUAAGGACAACUACACCAACGACGUCUUCCUCGGCGUGUCGUUCAUCGGAGUGUUUGUCAAACACAGAAACGGCCGAACCAUCAUGCUGCACAAGUGGAAGGACAUUGGCACCAUCGCACACAACAAGGCAGCCAUCACAGUGGAGAUAACGAACCGAGACGACACCAUCAUUUUUCACAUGGAGGAUAUGGAAAUGGCCAAGUACAUUUCUCGUCUUUUCACGGCCAGACACAAAUUCUACAAACAGAACAAGAUCUGUGCAGAGCCGACUCACUCCCCAGCGCCGAUCAGGAGGAGACCCACCUGGACCCACCGCCUCUCUCUGCCGCGGCCUCAGUCCUGUAACUUCCAGUCGGUGCAUUCCCAGUAUGGAGAACAUUAUCAGGACACACAAAGCUCUCAAGACAGCAUCUUCCAUGACGACCCUUACUACAAGUCGGAGACCAGUCUGGUGGACCUGACCUUCCGAAACGGUACCGUGCCCAACGGCAGCAUGUACAGCAGCCCCAGCCUGAGCUCCCUCAACCGCUCCCAGACUUUCGUCCCGCCUUCGCCCAUGUCCUCCAACCUCAGCAUCCCCGGCAGCGAGCUCAUGCGGCCCGACUACAUCCCCAGCCACCGCCACAGCGCCAUCAUCGCUCCAUCCUACCGGCCCACGCCCGAGUACGAUGCCGUCAUGCGGCAGAAGCGGCGCAUGCUUCCCGCUCACCACGACCUCCACAGCCAGUCGCUGCGCAGCCUGAACAUCAGCAACGCCUGUGCUUACCGGCAGCCCGAGGCUCUGGUGUACAGCCAGCCAGAGAUGAGGGAGAGGGGCCCUUAUCAUAACCUGGGCCCCAGUCCUGGACCGUACGCACCACAGAUCAGCUACAGUAAGCCGGUGUCCCACGGCCCCCAUCAGGGAGGACCAGCCAGCAGCCAGGGCCCCUGUCAUUCCCCCUGUGUGAAUGGAGGUCCGGGCAGCGGUGGAGGCGUAGGAAGUUCUAUCUCUCAUACUGUCAGCACGCCUGAGCUGGCAAAUACCAAACAGCAGGGGACCAACAUGGGAAGCUACGCUGCUACGGCUAACAUGUUGAGGAACCACAUGUCGCGUCCUCCUCCGCCUUACCCCUCCAGCUCCUUCCGGCCAGCCACCAGCACGCCGGACCUGGCCAGCCACCGGCACCGCUGCAUCGGGGGCAGCAGUCCGGAGCUGGUCACCCGCAUGGUGCAGCUGUCGGUCAAGACGUUCCAGCCGGACAGCUCAGCUGUGGUGCACCAGUCGCUGCAGGAAGUUAGCGAGCCUUUAACUGCAGCUGCUAAGCACCGCUCCACUCUGGGCAAGAGGCACAGCAUGGAGGUGAUCAGCAGCAUGCGAGGAGGAGGAGGGAUGGAGGGCCUGGUGAUGAAGGGCAUGAACGCUCCUCUUCAUCGGAGGAAUACUCUCAGAGAACACGUGAUGCCCUCUCAGCCUCAGUCCAUCCCUCAGCCCCAGCCACAGACUCCUCAGUCCCAACCUCAGCCUCCACCUCCACCUCAGCAGCCCAAGGAGCUGCCCAUGCAGAUGCCCGCCCAGAAUACGCCCGAGGCUUCUGUUGUGCCGCCUGCACCGGUGGCCUACCAGCAUCAAAAGACUCUUUCCAACGCUACCAUGCUCAUACACAGCAGCGAGAGCGAAGAGGAGGAGGAGGAAGAGGAGAGGCCUGAGCUGGACGUUCAGAUCCCGGGCCUCAACGAGGACAUUAGCAUCAGCGCUCAGCUCCAAGCUGCUCUGGCCAAACUGCCUAACAAACCCCCUCCAGAGUACCCUGGGCCUCCUCGGCAGCCUGGCAACGCUCAAAUCCGCACCCACAGUCACAAUCACAACCACACUCACCACCACAACCACAACCAAGCACCGCAGGGCAGCCAGGGACCAGCGGACCCAAACCAGGUCCACGGCUGCACCCUCAAAACUGGACAGAACCAGGGUGCUGGCGGGCCUGGAGCCGGUGGGGGUGGUGGUGCAGGUGGUGGUGGGACACUGACCAGAGGGGAUCAGAGCGGGGUGAACGGAGGAGUUUUGGGUCCUUCCAUUUCAGAACCGGAUCUGACCAGUGUGAAGGAGAGGGUGAGGAAGGAGCCGGUCAAAGAGAGGCCGGUGUCGGAGAUGUUCUCCUUAGAGGAUAGCAUCGUGGAGAGGGAGUUCGCUCAAAGGACGCUGGAGAGGCAGAAGAUGUCCGUGGACUCCAUGAAGAGGCCGCUGAUGAUGGCCGCCCUCAACGGCCUCUACGUGGCCCGGAUGCCGGUUCCUGAGAGUCCGGCGGAGGACGGCGCCAAGGCAGCUACAGACGAAAGGUGUAAGACCUUGGAGUUGAAGCUGGAAGAAGAGCGGGUCUUCACCGAGUAUGAACAGGUGCCUAAGAAGAGGAGCGACUGCGUCCUCACGACGGCGACUCUGCCCGAAAACGCAGAGCGAAACCGUUUCCGUGACGUCGUUCCUUACGAAGAGAAUCGGGUCGAGCUGGUACCCAACAAGGAGAACAACACGGGCUACAUCAAUGCCUCGCAUAUCAAGGUCAUGAUCAGAGGGGAGGAGUGGCACUACAUCGCCACCCAGGGUCCGCUGGCCAACACCUGUGCCGACUUCUGGCAGAUGGUCUGGGAGCAGGGGGUCAACGUCAUCGCCAUGGUUACUGCCGAGGAGGAGGGCGGCAGGUCCAAGAGUCACCGCUACUGGCCCAAGCUGGGCUCCAAACACAACUCGGCCACUCACGGCAAGUUCAAGGUGACCACAAAGUUCCGCACCGACUCCGGCUGCUACGCCACCACGGGGCUGAAAGUCAAACACCUGCUGUCGGGCCAGGAGAGGACGGUCUGGCACCUGCAGUACACCGACUGGCCUGAGCAGGGCUGUCCUGAAUAUGUUCUGGGAUUUCUCUCCUACCUAGAGGAGAUCCAGUCUGUGAGGAGACACACUAACUCCAUGCUGGACACCUCAAAGAGCCUCAAUCCUCCUGUAGUGGUCCACUGUAGCGCCGGAGUGGGUCGCACCGGAGUGGUCAUCCUCACCGAGCUCAUGAUCAGCUGUCUGGAGCACAAUGAGCCGGUGGAGGUUCCCACCAUGCUGUCAGAGCUCAGGCAGCAGAGGAUGCUGAUGGUUCAGACCAUCUCCCACUACAAGUUUGUCUACCAGGUCCUCAUCCAGUUCCUCAAGAACUCGCGCCUCAUCUGAGCCCAGAGACCUUUAAUUUGACCUCAUGACGGCCCCAGAUGACGACAACGGUACUUUAAAGUUAGCAGGACUGUAUAGAGGACACAGUAAUCUGGUGGUGGUGGGAGGCAGAGAGAAGUUGAUGUAAAUUCAAACAAGCUCACCUAAAAGGAGGACAGGAUUAUGCCUGUAUAGACACCAACAACCGUUUCUCCUAAUCGGUGUAUUCAGAUUUGUUAGGUCUUCUUUGUGUGGAACAAGCAUCUUCUCCACACAGAUCACGUGAGUCAGCAGCUCGUCUGACCUGCAGGUGUGAAUGUGUUUGUGUUUGUUUAGAUUUCUUCAGAAAUAUCCUGAGAAAUCCAGUCUCGGUUUCGAGAGAGAGAGAGGUUGCCCUCCUGCUACAUUUCUCUUUUUUUAUUCAGCCAUCAUUAGAAAUGGCAUUAUGCUGCGUGAACAAUAGGUGGCAGCAGUAUUAUUCUAUACUCCAUACUCUGAAAGAGUUUGCCAAACAAAAGUAUUCCUUCAAUCACUGUUCUAAAAUGUUCCUUUAUUUUUAACAGAAUAUUGAUUAAUACAGCGAGUAUUUACUUCAGCAUCGUAACAAAUGUUUUUAUUUAUUUCUAUACAGACUGUGGUCACCUUUGCCAUCGGCUUUAGAUUUUUUUUAUUGGAUUUUCCUUCUGAAGAUGCCUCAUUAUAGAUAUCUCUACUAAGCGUCCUCUUUUACCUCUUUUACAUUCAAACACAAAAAGUACAUUUCAGCUAGUUUCCUCAGAUCACAGCUCCAUGUGAUCACAUGUUGUCUCUUACUAGGGGAAGAAAAAACACCCGGUAAUGAGUUUAAAUCAAUCUUUACUGUAGAACAAGAUGAUGUCCUAGCUUUAUUUUUCUGUGUGAUUUUGCUUCUUACGGCUGCUGGCAUUUUAUGAAAUACCACAAUUAUGCUCAAAAUUGUUAUUUUUCCAGAGAAAGUUCAAUAUGCAUACUUGUAUGUCUGAAAGGCUAUUCUCAAGACCUCAUGUAAGGAGAGGUGCUCCAUGGCCAAACAAAAGUCUCUCAGUGUCCCUGUAGACCUGUCCUUGGUCCUGUCUAAGAGCUUUAACCCAUAAGAACCCAGACCCAUUUUUCCUGAAAGGAAAAUUAUGUGGGAUAUACCACAGACCAAGUGGACCACAUAGGCUGGGGCACUCAAAGUGCUUGUUACACUGGUGUCACCAUGGGUUCUUAUGGGUUAAGGUUGUCAGGAGCAAGCAUCUUCCACAAAUUGACACAAAACAACCGCAAAUAGACACAAAACAGAAACAAAAAGACACAAAACAACCACAAAUAGAUAUAAAGACACACUAAAUGACCACAAAACAGCCACAAAUAGACAAAAAAACACAAAAAGACACAAAACAGCCUCAAAAAGACAUAAAACAACCACAAAUGGAUACAAAACAGCCAGCAAAAGACCCAAAAUGAUCAUAAAUAGGCCUCAAAAGGCACAAAACUAUCACAGAUUAGCAAAAAAUUAUUACAAAGUAUCCUAAAACUACCACAAAAAGACAUGUCUGACAUACAAAAGGCUAUGCUCAUUCAGCCAAGACCUAAUGUAAGGGGAGAUCUUGCUGGCGUUUAUUCCAGUCUGCACUGAUAUUGUUCAUGAUCUUGACCACUGGGCCCAUUUUAUGGAAAUCACUUGAGGCAUCUUGCUUACACCAAUCUUUGGUCAGCUUCAGUAUAUUGCCUCAAGAGACAGUGUCCAAACCGGGAUUCUUCUUCUGCCUCUGAUCAGUGUUUUCCUUAAAAUCUUACAGACAUUCACCAGUCAGGUGAGUCACUGAUUGUCAGUUUGGCCACAUAAUGCAUGAUUUUGCUGAUAAACUCUCAGUGAGUUAUUUAAAUUGCAAAUAUCUGUGGGUUUCAUAUACAUGCCAGUAGCCAAGAGAAGCCACCUCUAAAAACAAAAUAAAGGUGAAAAUUGAGUUUUUAUUAUGGAUAUGUGGUUCAUUUGAACUCAUUACUGACAUUUUCUAGAAUUAGUCCUCCCCUACUCUUACCCCAAAGCAUUUCAAAAACUCUACAAGUGUUUGUCCAAAUUGGAGAUAAUUUAUAAAGAUAAUUUCACUGUUUAUGUUUGUAGCCAAAAGAAAACCACGUACAGUAGAAGCUGUAUAUAACUUAUCAUUGUGCCUUAUUGAAAUAUGUAACCAUAAGAAGCUGCCUGUUUGUACUCUGGAAAGGUGAAUUUGAUGACGAUUUUUUUGUACCUCCAAAGAUUAAAUCUUCAAAUCAGUAUUUAGUACGUUGUUUCUUGUUAUAAGAAAGAAGAACUUUAACCCUCGUGUUGUCUUCAGGUAAAAAAUGACCCGGCAGCAGAGCAAAGCCCCUAAAUGUCCUUUUUCAACUUGAAAUUCGCUGACUUUUCCUGAAGUGAAAUUCUUCUGAUUGCCUUAGGUUAUGCAGUGAUUCAAAAGACGUGAGAAGACCAGUAUUUUGUAGUUGAGUUUUGUAGAUCUCCAUUCCAUUGUACAGUGUACAGCACACUGUUGUUUCCCUUCAAAAAUGCAUUUCAAGCCACUAGCCCUUUUGACCAAAAGGAACCCGGUGCUAGUUCGGUGCUGGUGCUUAGUUGGUUCAAAUCUCAUGCCUCUUGAGAAUCGGUUUGCUUUUCCAUUGGCAAGGAGUCAAGUUAGAGCCGUGCCAUUGCGUCACUGUAAAACGUCAGUACGUCGCCGCGUGUGUAGCCGUUCAGCAACGUUCGCGCAUUGUAACCAUGAACGUGCUGUUCUUGACUUUGGAAAGCCUACAUCCAGAAACAAAUAGUCAAACUCUUAGUAGCUACCCGUCUUCAUCGUACUAACAGGCAGCAGUGAUUAAAUUUGAGAAGACUAAUCAUCAGAGUAGAAAUGUUCUGAUCCUUAACGGUGGUGUGUUAGCGUGAGCUUGGAUUUGGCGUCCAUAUUUACACUAACACUAAACGCUACUACGGCUGUUUAAAAAUGGCGGGUCUGUGUUUUCACCGUUGAUCAUUGGUCACUGUAACGCCGCCCCCAACCCGUGACGUACUUGGUUUUUAACUCUGGCCCUGCAAAGAAUUGGUGCUUGAAAAGCACCAGUUUUUGGGGCCUGGAGUUGGUGCUCAGUUGGUGGAAACACAAAGAACUGGUGCUAAGUCAUGCUCUGCAACCAGCUAGGUAGAAAAGGGCCAAUUCUGAACAUUUCCAGUACUUUCUUAGGAUAUAGAAAUGCUAUCUCUUGCUUAACAAAUGGAGUUUACACCUUUAGCAGCAAUAAUAGUGAUAAAAAAAACUUCUACUUUAGUAAAGAAAACAGCUACAACGUGUUAAAUCCAGUCUUUCUUCCCUCUGAAGAGCAUAAAACCCAGACGUUCACUAAGUGUGUGAUGCAGGACAUGUUUCUUCAUGUAAAAUAGAUUUUUGGUUGAAAUUUCAAUGAAGCUGCUCUAUUUGUGAGGCUCAGUGGAGGAGCGUUGGGACUGGAAGAGUUUACGGGAUGUUAAGACAACACAAGGGUUAAGGUUGCAGAUCUUUUACCUGCUUCUCAGGUAGGAUCUGACCUCAACAGAUGCUGAUAUAUCGGUUUAUUUUUGAAGGAUAAAAGUGGCCCAACAGACUUUGCCAAAAAAAAAAAUCAUAAAAAUAAUUAAAUCUCGAGCCCAAUAUUCCUGUGUUGCCGUAUUCAUAAAUCCUGUUUAUAAAUAUACAACUUUCUGCAGAUUUUCUUCUUACAUAUUGCAUCAAAUAUCUGAAUUGUGUACAUACAUAACAGGCGUGUGAGAAAAAGAUUUCUACAAGUGUUUUAUGUAAUUUCCUCUUCUUGACUUGGUACCCUUAAAAUACCGCGACAAAAUAAACUAUGCAUGCGUUUUCAUAUUUCACUGUAUAUAUUCUCAGAUAAGCUUCUCUUCAUAUAUAAGUGUUUUGUUGCACUUCUGUUCUCUUUGACAGUAUUUUUCUCACACGGCAUUCCACUGUUUGUUGAUAUUUAAUUUUUUUCCCCUUUUCUUUUUUGCCCAAACUCCCAAAUACAUUUCAAAAAUGUGUACAUAUGUUUUGUAUAUGCAUUUUCAGUGCAUCAAGACUUUUGUUUUCUCUCCCCUGACAUGUAUGAAGCUGUUGUACUUGCUUAUUAUGCAAUAAAGCCUUAUUUUCUUUAA